GUGUCCUGCGGCUGGCGUCCGAUCUCGCACGACCGGCUGUUCUCGUCCACAAAUACUCCUCCACCGCCACUGCUGCCUUCCUUGAUUACGAUUUCAGAAGAAAAAACACAGAGAGGAAGUGUGUAAAGCCUGCUUUUGGAGAGGUGUGAAAGCCCCUCACAAGCCCGCUUACAUAGCCCCUCUUCUUUUAUCUGUGUGCACGUUCUAUGCAGAAGAUAAUAGUAGCAAGAUGAAGAGCAGGACUGUGUGGAGUGCAGCUCGAAACAUGGCACCUCAGAGUUUCCUCCUGGCUGUAAUCCAUCUAUCAGCAUACGUCUAUGGUAAUGUCAGCGUGGAGCAAUGGCCGCCCACAGCACAGCACUCAACAGGAGAAAACACCACCCUGUUCUGCAGGAUCCGCGCAGACAGAGAAACAAACAUUACCAAAUGCCGCAUAGAUUGGUACAGGCAGAGCGAGGAUGGCAGGCUUCCAGAGAUCAGACAGCUCUUACAGUUCAGAGGAAGGUUCCAGGAGCAUGUGAAUGACAGCCAGUGGAGCAGCAACCUCUCACUGACUGCACUUGAGCUGAAUGACACCGGCAGGUUCUUCUGCAACUACUUCUGCCUGAUUAACAGAACAUUACCGGCACGUCAGUAUGGUGGAACAGGCACAAAUCUCAGUGUCUAUGAAGAGAAAAGGGCUCCUAGGAUAACAGAUGCUGUUAUUUCUACUACUACUAUUACUGCUGGUACAUUUGAUGAGGAAACCACAAAUGAUGUCCUUUUCACAAUCCUUCUUUUUCUUCCUUUAUCAUUAAAGCUGGUUGUAUCUGUGUUUUUAUGCACUUACACAUUGUUUUCAUUCUACGUCCGCUGUUAUUGCUUGUUCUCAUUUACUCAUUUAAUAAGAAUCUAAAGUCCUUUUUUGCUGAAUCUGUCUCCUGAUUAAUUUCACACCUGUGGUUGUUGUGUUCUGUACAGCAGUUCUAUUACUUUCCGUUAGCAUCAGAUGACUUAUUUCUUCCAUCUGUUAAAUGUUAAGCACCCACAGGCUCAUGGGCACUUAUCUGCACCCACAGACUGUAUCGUUCCACCUAGUGAAACCUUUUUGUAAUCACUUCUGAUGAUCUAAGAGACAGACAGUGUUGGCUUGAAGUGGGUGGGCUACAAAGGUGCAGUAUGAAAGCAGGCUUAACUACAGGCCAUCUGAACCAUCAGAAGCUGCUUAUUACAUUUCAUAAAUACCUAAAGUCAGGCUCAAGAUGAUGUAUUGCUAUUUUAUUAUUGUUUAGUACAUACUGUAUAUAUUGUACACAAUAUUGAAUGACUUUAACUGAGAAACAAUAAUAAAAACAAUUUUAAAAUG